AUGAAUUAUGAGUUUAAUAGAUUCUCUUUAGCAGAAAGACGUAUAUUCCUUGCUCAUUAUCAGACAAUCACUUAUUCCCAAACCUCGUGUGGGGCUAAUCGUUUUCAUUUACCAUCUCAUGGAAAACCCUUUUCGUUCCGCUUAGCCCUAUCGGGUAUUUUAGUGAUAGGUUCUAUAGGAACUGGACAAUCCUAUUUGGUCAAAUACCUAACGAAAAAUUCCUAUUUUCCUUUCAUUAAGGUACGAGGGCUUCUUAUUCCACAAGAACGAAAGCACCUUUUCAUUCUUUCAUAUACUAGGGGUUUUUACUUGGAAAAGACAAUGUUCCAUACUAAAGGAUUCGGGUCCAUAACCACGAGUUCCAGUGCACUAGAUCUUGUAGCACUUAGCAACGAGGCCCUAUCCAUUAGUAUUCCACAUAAGAAAUCCAUUAUAGAAACUAAUACAAUUAGAUUAGCUCUUCAUAGACAAACUUGGGGUUUGCGAGCCAAGAUAAGACCGGCUCGGGAUCAUGGGACCCUUUUCUAUCAGAUAGGAGGGGAUCUUGUACAAAAUAGACUUCUAAGUAAUAACCCCAUAGAUCCUAUAUCUAUCUAUAUAAAGAGGCAAUCGUGUCAGGAAGCGGCUUUUUCUUUGGCCAAACGGUACUUCGAACUUGGAACGAGCAUGAAGAGAUUAACGAGACUUCUUUCUCUUUUGAGUUUUUCUGGCGGACCGGUCGCGUAA